AUGAUUAACAAUCAUCAUUGUGGUCAGUUUUCACUAAUAAUUAUUAGUUAACACCCACGCAAUAGAUUGAUAACAAUUAUUGGGCCCUGGGAGGGACUGAAGCUUGAACUGAAGUGAAUCAUAGAGACAGUGAAUGAAUUGAUGGCAACUACUGGUAUCUUUCCAAAGCCUACUGGCUCUUAUACUGUUGGAUGCGUUGACAUUUGUUCUGAUAGAGCUCCUCUGACUCGUAUAUACUACCCAACGAAUGACAAGCUCUCUCAAGAAUACUCUUAUGCCAAAUGGAGCCCACACCCUAACUACAUGCCCUCAUAUUGGAACCUGGAUAGCUUACAGUCUCCAACAGACAUUUCCCAAGAAGAAGUGUCUAAAAAAGCUGAUAGUGUAACCAUACCAGCACUGUAUGAUGCUCCAUUAAGAGGAGGAGAGGACCAAUACCCAGUUAUAGUAUUGUCCCAUGGGAGACGUAGUAUGAGAACGCGUUACUCUGCCUUUUCUUGUGAGCUAGCAUCUCAUGGCUAUGUCAUUGCUGUACCUGAGCACUGUGAUGGAUCCUCUUGUAUUGCAUUGAAUCGUAAAAGGAAACUCGGGACUGAUCAAGAUGGAGCAAAAUACGAGGAUGAAUGGAUACCGUAUUCCGAGAGAGAAGAGGGAGAAACAGAGUAUGAUUUAAGGACACGGCAGAUUAAGAAACGCAUUCAAGAACUAGACGCUACUAAAGACCUAAUCCUUUCCUUAGGUAGAGGGGCUCCUGUCAAUAUUAUCGAUGAUUUUUCAAAAUUUGAUUUCUCUCAGUUUAAAGGUCGUGUGAACGAAGAUGCCUUUGCCCUGGUUGGUCAUUCAUUUGGUAGUGCUACACUUCUCCAAGCUUUUUAUGAUGAAGUGAGUACCUUUAAAUGUGGCAUAGCUAUGGAUCCAUGGAUGAUGCCACUGCCUGAAGAACUGUUCACUAAUGGACUAAAGCAACCAGUACUCUUCAUCAAUUCAGCUCUUUACUAUCAGACUCCACAGACCAUUAGUAGAAUACUCAAACUACUCAAGCCUCCCGAUGAAGCUACCGGUAUCAGCUCUUCCCAGCUGAUUACGAUUGACGGUACAGUCCAUGUUAGUCAAAGCGAUACUAUUUUUGUCCUAAGAGAGUAUCAGUUAGACAACAAUAAGCCGUUGUUGUCUCCUGAGAUAAGUUUCAAGAUUAACAUGUCUCUCUGUCGGGCAUUUCUCAAUCGAUAUUUACUCAAGUUGCCCGAGUAUCAGAGCAAGAUACCACUACUGGAUGGAGGAGGAGAGGAUCAUAAAGAAGAACAUAAUGAUUGUAUUAUUUAUGGUACUAAUGUUAAUGUUUUGUGAUUAUUAUGAUAGAGUCUAUUGCAAUGAAUAAACUAAUUUUCAAACAAUAUAA